AACACCACGGCGGUGGGUAAAAAUCUCGAUUGAUCGCUCAAGAAUCGGGCAACAAUGGCGUCGACGGAAGGACUUGUACCCAUCACGAGGGCUUUUCUCGCUUCCUACUACGACAAGUACCCCUUUCAUCCUCUUUCCGACGACGUUCCUCGUCUGUCCUCUGAGAUCGCUUCUCUUCUCCAGCUUCUGCUUCUCCAUUCUCCUCCUUCCGAAGGGGAAAUCCCCUUGAUCGACGAAGCCAACCGACAGCCCCCCCACAAGAUUGACGAGAACAUGUGGAAGAAUCGGGAACAGAUGGAGGAAAUCUUGUUCCUUCUCCAACCAUCUCGUUGGCCUCCUCAGCUUAAAGACCCGACCACAUCUGACGAUUCUGAAUUCUCUUCUAUGCUUCGACAUCUCAAUGACAAGUUCCGCAACACAUUGGCUUCUUUGAUCUCCUUCCAGACGAAAAAUUCUGAGCGUGUGUUCAGUACAGUUAUGACCUACAUGCCUCAAGAUUUCCGAGGCACACUCAUCAGACAGCAGAAGGAGAGGUCCGAAAGGAAUAAACAAGCGGAGGUUGAUGCUUUGGUUAGUUCAGGUGGAAGCAUACGAGACAAAUAUUCUCUUCUUUGGAAGCAGCAGAUGGAUAGGAGGAAACAGUUGGCACAGCUAGGUUCUGCGACUGGUGUCUACAAAACUCUGGUGAAGUACUUGGUAGGGGUUCCACAGGUGUUAUUGGAUUUCAUUCGACAAAUAAAUGAUGAUGAUGGGCCAAUGGAAGAGCAACGAGAGCGUUAUGGGCCUCCUCUUUACAGCCUCACAAAAAUGGUGUCGUCGUUGCGCCUUCUCCUUACACUUCUUUGGGGAAGAUAUGAUACCUUCAAACUAAAUAGGGACCAGAUGAAUGUCCUUUACGAAGCUGCUAUCGUAUACACCUCUGAGUUUGAAACGUUCAUCACUUUUAUUAGCAAUGUCUUUGCCAACUCCCCCUUCUUUAUUUCAGCUGAUGUAGCUGGCGCUUCAGGUUCAAGGGAAAAUGAGGAGUAUAAGGAGAUAAUUGUUCAAGCCGGGAGGACGUGUGAGAGCUAUCUCUGUCAAGAGACAUGGAGAAAUGCUGUCUCCUUGACAGUAGAAUCCGUGAAUUCAUAUAUUGCUUGGGAUUUCUCGGUGGUGCAAGGCAAGAUAAGCAUGGAUAUUGGAUUUAGGGUGGAGUGCAUAGGGGCUUCUGGGGAAAAGACUCUGAUAUUACCUUACCAGCGGUAUGAAGCUGAUCAGGGCAACUUCUCUACGUGCAUGCCCGGAAACUACAAACUUGUUUGGGAUAAUUCUUAUUCAACUUUUUUCAAAAAGACGCUCCGAUAUAAGGUGGAUUGCAUACCACCAGUCGUGGAGGCGACGGAGUUGAAGGGGGAAGAAUGAAAGCUUAAUUAAUAAAGGACCGCAGGGUUUACAUUCACCAAAACUGGUGUUCUGUGCGCAGACAACCUGUAACUCUCAUUAAUACGCCGCGGAAAUUUGUGAGCAUUUGUUGUGACCAUUUACACAAAUAUCAUUAUUUUUGUAUGGACUUCGCGGGCAUCCAUUGUUAUAUCCUCGUAGGGAAGAAGCCAAGACUGCCAGAGAGGAAUGUCAUUCUCUUGUUGCUAGAAGA